AUGAGGGGGAAAGCGGACGGAGAGGACGGGGUACAGAGGGGACGAGUGGACGGAGGGGACAAAGGGGACAAGGGGACAAAGGGGGACGAGGUGACAAAGGGGGACGAGGGGACAAAGGGGGACGAGGGGACAAAGGGGGACGAGGGGACAAAGGGGGACGAGGGGACAAAGGGGGACGAGGGGACAAAGGGGGACGAGGGGACAAAGGGGGACGAGGGGACAAAGGGGGACGAGGGGACAAAGGGGGACGAGGGGACAAAGGGGGACGAGGGGACAAAGGGGGACGAGGUGACAAAGGGGGACGAGGGGACAAAGGGGGACGAGGUGACAAAGGGGGAUGAGGGGGCAAAGGGUGACGAGGGGGCAAAGGGGGACGAGGGGACAAAGAGGGCCGGAGGCGGAGGGCGUAGAGGGCCAGAGGCGGAGGGCGAAGAGGGCCAGAAGCGGAGGGCCGGAGGCGGAAGGCCAAGAGGGCCGGAGGCGGAGGGCCAAGAGGGCCGGAGGCGGAAGGCGAAGAGGGCCGGAGGCGGAGGGCGAAGAGGACCCGAGGCGGAGGGCCUAGAGGGCCGGAGGCGGAGGGCGCAGAGGGCCGGAGGCGGAGGGCGCAGAGGGCCGGAGGCGGAGGGCGCAGAGGGCCGGAGGCGGAGGGCGAAGAGGGCCGGAGGCGGAGGGCGAAGAGGGCCGGAGGCGGAGGGCGAAGAGGGCCGGAGGCGGAGGGCGAAGAGGGCCGGAGGCGGAGGGCGAAGAGGGCCGGAGGCGGAGGGCGAAGAGGGCCGGAGGCGGAGGGCGAAGAGGGCCGGAGGCGGAGGGCGAAGAGGGCCGGAGGCGGAGGGCGAAGAGGGCCGGAGGCGGAGGGCGAAGAGGGCCGGAGGCGGAGGGCGAAGAGGGCCGGAGGCGGAGGGCGAAGAGGGCCGGAGGCGGAGGGCGAAGAGGGCCGGAGGCGGAGGGCGAAGAGGGCCGGAGGCGGAGGGCGAAGAGGGCCGGAGGCGGAGGGCGAAGAGGGCCGGAGGCGGAGGGCGAAGAGGGCCAGAGGCGAACGAGGAGAGCGAAUAG